CCGCUCACCAUGGCAGACGAUGAGAAGGCCGGCGGGAGUUCCGCGGACGGCGGCGAGAGCGCGCACUGCAACGUGCUGAGCUGGGAGCAAGUGCAGCGUCUGGACCGCAUCCUCAGCGAAACCAUCCCCAUCCACGGCCGCGGGAACUUCCCCACGCUGGCCAUGCAGCCUCGACAGAUCGUCAAGGUGGUGCGGAGCCGGCUGGAAGAGAAGGGCAUCGGCCUGCGGGACGUGCGGCUGAACGGCUCGGCCGCCAGCCACGUCCUCCACCAGGACAGCGGCCUGGGCUACAAGGACUUGGACCUCAUCUUCUGCGCCGACCUCAAAGGAGAAGCCGAAUUUCAGACUGUGAAGGACGUCGUCUUGGACUGCCUCUUGGAUUUCUUACCCGAGGGGGUGAAUAAGGAGAAGAUCACGCCUCUCACACUCAAGGAGGCAUAUGUGCAGAAAAUGGUAAAAGUAUGCAAUGAUUCAGACCGAUGGAGUCUUAUCUCCUUGUCCAACAACAGUGGCAAAAAUGUGGAGCUGAAAUUUGUGGACUCUCUGAGGCGGCAGUUUGAAUUCAGUGUCGAUUCCUUUCAAAUCAAGCUGGACUCCCUGCUGCUUUUUUAUGAGUGCUCAGAGAAUCCAAUGACUGAAACUUUUCACCCAACUAUCAUUGGCGAGAGCGUUUAUGGGGAUUUCCAGGAAGCCUUUGAUCACCUCUGCAACAAGAUAAUUGCCACCAGAAACCCAGAAGAAAUCAGAGGAGGUGGUCUUCUGAAGUACUGCAACCUUUUGGUAAGGGGCUUUAGGGCAGCCUCUGAAUCUGAGAUUAAAUCCCUGCAGAGAUACAUGUGUUCGAGGUUUUUCAUUGACUUCUCAGACAUUGGCGAGCAGCAGAGAAAGCUGGAGUCCUACUUGCAGAACCACUUUGUGGGAUUAGAAGACCGCAAGUAUGACUAUCUCAUGACCCUUCACGGUGUGGUGAAUGAGAGCACAGUGUGCCUGAUGGGACAUGAGAGGAGACAGACUCUGAAUCUGAUCACCAUGCUGGCCAUCCGGGUCCUAGCCGAGCAAAAUAUCAUCCCCAACGUGGCCAAUGUCACCUGCUAUUACCAGCCAGCCCCAUACGUAGCAGAUGCCAACUUCAGCAAUUACUAUAUUGCCCAGGUUCAGACGGUGUUCCCUUGCCAGCAGCACACAUACUCUACUUGGCUGCCCUGUAAUUAA